GCGAGACGCACAGCUGCACACAUCUGCAUUUCACUUCACGUCAACUUCUGAGUUCCAAUGCAAAACGGAAGACUGAGAAGGAUCUUCAGCAUCCCAGGAGAGUUACACAUACACAGUGAGAAGAUGACUCUGGCAGCCUACAAAGAGAAGUUCAAGGAGCUCCCCCUGGUGUCUCUGUUCUGUGCCUGCUUCAACCCACAGACUUCAGACAACCCUUCAUACAAGGCAGAAGAUGCGGUGGACCUGGGCUGGCGCGUCAUCAAAGACGUGGAGGUGAUUGAGCUGAACAAGCGGGCGUCUGGCCAGGCCUUCGAGGUCAUCCUCAAGCCCCCAUCCUUUGACGGGGUGCCAGAGCUCAACGGCUCCUCGCCGCAGCGCAACCCGUCCCUAGAGGAGAUCCAGAAGAAGCUGGAGGCGGCCAAGGAGAGGCGAAAGUGCCAGGAGGCGGAGCUGCUGAAGCACCUAGCGGAGAAGAGGGAGCACCAGCGCGAGGUCAUCCAGAAGGCCUUCGAGGAGAACAACAACUUCAUCAAGAACGCCAAGGAGAAGCUCGAGCAAAAGAUGGAAGCCAACAAGGAGAACAGGGAGGCCCUGCUGGCCGCCAUGCUGGAGAGGCUGCAGGAGAAGGACAAACACGCGGAAGAAGUGAGGAAGAACAAGGAGAUGAAGGAGGAAGCCUGCCGGUAGAUGAGUGGAGAAGAAGAGAAGAAAAGAAGAAAGAGAGAGAGCAGGAAUGGGAGUUUUAUGAUUGGUAUGACAACAUUUAAAUACAAUUUAAAUGAAAGGAAAUCAAAACAGUGCAGGAAGGAAGUAAAAAAACAAACUCUAAAGCCACUGAACAAAGGGGAACGCUGAGAGUUCACAUUGAUGUGAACAAGCAGUACAAAGUUUAGCCAACUCAAAAAGAAAUCUGUCUCUUUGUUCCACAGGAAAAGUGGGUUGGGUGUGGGGUUGUGGGGGGGGGCAUCGAAAUAAACAAUAAAAUGGUCGAUUGGUGAGGAACAAAAGCAUCAAGGUGGGAAAGAUGUACACGUUUGAAUCUUGGCUUUCAUUUCUGCAGCAGGACACUCGCUAUGUAUUUUAGCAUCGGGAGUUGCCGAUCACACCGUUUCUAGCCAAUCAGAGGAAGGAGUUGUGAUCUAAUACAUGAUAAAUGUGUGAUGUGCUCAAACUAAACACUGGACACACAGAUGUAGUUUAGGACUUCUAGACAGUCACAACCAGGAGCAAUAAGAGUCUUCUGGACUAUUACCAGUCAAGACACAUAAACAGGAAAUUACACACAAGCUGCUGCUGCUUCCCUUAUUGAAUACAUCCAAAUUUAAUGAACAGAUUUCCCCUCGCUCCACCGCUCUCAUACAAUUUGUGGGAUAUUGUUGUGUCUGUCUGUUGGGAGUCUGUUGCGUGUGCAGAACUCAUGUGAAUCUCACAAUAUGGUUUAUGAAUAUCAAAGGAAAGAAUCGGAACGCGCUCCAGGGACAAACACACACACACACACACACACAAAAGCUUGAAAAAGGGGGGAGGACGCCCAGCUGCAUUCUGCCUCGUUCCAGCUCUUUAUAGAAAAAAAAAGUUUAAAUAACUUUUAACCCUCCUGUUACCGUAGGGUCAAUUUGACCCCAUUCAAUGUUUAACCCUCCUGUUACCUUUAUAUUUACUGACAUAUUUUACCCUUGGGGUCAAUUAAAACCUCCAGAAAAUUAUUAGAAUUAAUAUUGUUUUCCAAGUUUAAGUGUGAGGUACUUUAUGUUUGUUUGUUGACUACCUAAAUAGCCCUUUAAAUAUAUAAAAAAGUUGAUAUUUCUUAUAUGUUUGACACAGUGAAAAACAGCCUGGGGUCAAAUUGACCCCAAAGAACACCGACAUUAAACAUUGAAUGGGGUCAAAUUGACCCUAAGGUAACAGGAGGGUUAACCGUAGUGUCUAGUUAUAAAUCAGUGACAUGCAUUUGAGUCUUAGAUUUUAGAGCACUGAUUGCACUCUUAUUUCAUUAAGCACAACUCAAAAGCACAUGGACAGCAGAUUUGGUCAUGCGGAGGAGUAGUUGUGAUGGAGGGAGGGGGGAGGCGGGGGGGGUUCUGGCUAACCA